AUGGCUUCCUAUAGCACUACUGUGCUCCCACUCAUAUUGAUACCUUGUACCUUGGUCUGGCUGCUUAUUUGGAUCUUCGUUCAUCCUUUACGAAAGAUUCCCGGUCCUUUUUGGGCUCGCAGAACUCCUCUAUGGCAGGUGUACCAUGUUUACAGACGAGACCUGGCGGCUGCUGUACAGAAGGCGCACGAGAAGUAUGGCACUGUAAUUCGAAUUGGUCCCAACCAUGUCAAUUUCCAAACUCGAGACGCCAUCGACCCCAUCUAUAAAGCUGGGCGUUCUAUGCCUAAAACAAAAUUCUACGAUGCAUUUACGGCAAUGCAUCCCAAUCUUUUCAGUACUCGUGAUGAAGAGUAUCACAAAAUACGAAGGCGUCAGAUGUCGCAUAGUUUCUCUAUGGCAACAUUGCUAAAGUUUGAAGAUAGAUUUGGAAAGCAUUUGCACCGCUUGUUCUCUAAUAUCGAGCAACAGAUGGAGGGGCAAGUAUUUGAUCUAAAGCAGAGUGUGGCAUGCUAUGCAUACGACGUGAUAAGUGACUUAGCAUUCGAAAAAGAUCUGAACACACAAAGCAACCCGGCGGCCAAUGAGUUGCCACCUAUUCCUGACCAUAUCGUCAUUGGCACAAUGUAUGGCAUGCUAUCGUCCUUACUUCCUUAUAGCAUGCGGGUUGGAAACAAAUUACCCAUUCCGAGCCUUCAAAAGCUGAUUCAGUCGCGACAACUGCUUAGCCAGAAGGCUUCUGAGUACGUCAAUAAUGCUAUUGAGAAUCACAAGGCAGGAGAAAAGGAAACUCUGCUGGACAGCCUGUUAGAGGCAAAAGAUCCCACAACGGGAGCACCAUUGACGCCAACAGAGGUUAGCUCAGAGGCCUUUGCCUUUUUGGUUGCAGGAGCACAUACCACAUCCGCCACGUUAGGGCUUCUCUUCUAUCACCUCCUCCAUAACCGAUACGCCGCCGAGAAACUCACGGAAGAACUCUCCUCAAAUGUACCUCUUUAUAACGAAGGCGGAAAGGAGGUGUCAUAUUCGGGACUAGAGAGCAAACUACCAUAUACCAUGGCAUGCAUCAAAGAGAGUUUCCGCAUUACCCCGGUCUUUACAAUGCCCUUACCCCGUCUCGUUGCAAACCCCAGCGGCGUUGACAUCCACGGUUUCCAUAUUCCACAAGGUACUACAGUUUCAAUGGUAUCACAGGCUCUACAUCAUGACCCUGGUUUCUGGGGCGGGGAUCAUGACAAAUAUAUUCCAGAAAGAUGGCUGGACGAUGCCAUCUCGUUUAACGAGGUCAUGCCUUUUGGCCUCGGACACCGAGCUUGCAUUGGCAGAAACAUUGCCAGCAUCAAUAUCCUCAAAGUAUUUUGUGCUGUCUGGCGCAAUUUCGAAAUUACUCCAGUAAACAAGUACGAAACGUUAGAGAUGGACAGCCUGGGUGUUGAUGAGAAGAAAGGGCCGCUCCUUUGUACGGUACGAAAGCGACAGAGCUAG